AUGGUUGGUAUAUCCAUCGCGACCUGUUUAUCAUGUGAGGUCAUAGUUGCCUGCAACAGGUGCAGGAAGAUGCGGCCGAUGGUGGUAGACUUUGGGGAGGCUACCGAGCAGAGGGUUGUCGCGUGCAGUGGGAAGUGCCAUACGUGCAGUCUUGUGAACAACAUAUUCGCUGUAGUGGAGCCCAUGUUCCCGGGCAGCGACUUUACGCUUUUUCGGGCGAUUACUGAGUCCUGCACAAUAUUGCAAGUAGUUGAAUGCACUCUGGAGAUCCGCUGUGAAGAAUGCGAUAAGGCUAUACAAGCUCGGCAUUUGAGAUCGGGUUAUCGAAAGCAGGACAAUUGCCAGGAUUGCCAUGUGAAGAUGAACCUGGGUGUUGGUCAAGCGUCGGUGCCCAAGCCUGAGCAUUUCAUAGUGGCUCCGGUAGUGAAGAAGCAGCAGCGGAAGAAACUCACAGAAGAUCCCAGGAUAAUUCCGGGUAAGCCUUUGCCCAAGAAUGGUACAUGUAAGCAUUAUCGACAUUCCUACCGAUGGCUCCGAUUCCCUUGCUGUGGGAUGGCAUACCCCUGCGAUCAGUGCCAUGAUGCGGCCUGGCCCGACCAUCAUGCCGUGUGGGCUAAGCGUAUGCUGUGUGGAUGGUGCGCUACCGAACAGAACUUCGGGCCAGUACCAUGCAGGAAGUGUGGAAGGCCACUGAACAAGAUACGCACUAGUCAUUGGGAAGGCGGUGAGGGAUGCCGAAAUACGAGCUCUAUGAGUAAGAAUGAUAAGAAGAAGUACGCGGGGAAGAACAAGACUGUCAGUCGGAAGGCGGCAGCCGCUAUAAUGGCGGGCGGGAAGAAGAAGAAGUAACAUCAUAUUCAUUGAGGGAUUACAA